CUCACAAUUAGCCAGCAUUCCGGCUAAGGGAGAUAGCCUACGGGGGUUUGUAAGUACGCGUCUUUUGCAGCAUCUGCGUCCAUGGGGGCUGGGUUGAGGGAAGCUGAAAAGCAAGGCUGUUUAGUUCGAAUAAAGCUAUCUUUGACUGCAGUUUACUGACACCGCUACAACGUGUUUUUAUCGCUGGCUGUCCAGACGGAAGGUGCUGAAACGCUUUGUCGCGUGUCUGGAAGAAGUGAAAACUUUCCUGGGCAGCAAAGGGCUCACCUUUCCUGAGCUGGAACAGCCAGAGUGGCUGGAAAAGCUACACUUCAUGGUAGACAUGACAGCGCACCUGAACACGCUGAACACAGCUCUUCAGGGGAAAGGACGUACAGCCCUGCACAUGUUGGAGGAUGUUUUGGCAUUCGAGCGCAAGUUGACAGUGCUUGCCAGAGAUUUACAGAAAGGCACUUUGUCUCACUUCCCCAAUUUGAGAGAGUUCAAACAAGGUCAUGACAUGAUAAUUUCGGAGUAUUUACAUUCUGCAAUCAUCGCAAUGCAAACAUCGUUUGGGAAACGCUUCUGUGAGUUCAGAGAGGAAAAAAACACAUUAUCCUUCCCGGUCACCCCCUUAAGCAUCGAUCCUUCCCUACUGAAUACGACUGCAUUGGCAGGUGUGAGUCAACCUGAUCUUGAGAUGGAACUGGCCGACAUAGCCGACAAAGACAUAUGGGUGUCCAAGUUUAGACGCUUGACAGCAGACCUUGAAGAUGUUGCCCGUCAGAAGGCCGUUCUUGCUCAGAAACACAAAUGGAGUGAUAUUGAAAACCUCACAGAUGACAGCUUGCGAUCCUGUGUAAAGAUGAAGGUGACAUCAUACAGCCCUGAUGUGCAGACGCUGUGCGCUGAGGUCCAGGAGCAGAAAUCCCAUUAACCAAGAUGACAGCUGGCUGACGUUAUUUUUGGUUUGCUGCUGGCGGAAAAUUUAAGUUCGGCGUUUUUCAUAAAUACAAGAAGGACUCAAAUAGACAUUGAAUAUUUUACUUAAAAGUAACUUUCAACCCAACGUCUUUUUUUCGGAGUUCAAAAUGUUUUUGUUGCAUGCAGAAAUGUAAUUUCGUUUUCUCUGCAGGAGUUCAUCAAUUUCAUAAAUGCAACACAUUAUAGUUUGUUUAUACAUAGCAUAAAGGCAAAAAAAACGUUGUAUGCAGUGUUAUUUCAUUUUAAAUGUCAAACGGGUUUUGCGGCUCCCAGUGUUUUCUUUUCUGUGGGAAACGGGUCCAAGUGGCUCUUUCAGUGGUAAAGGUUGCUGACCCCUGGCCUAGGGG